CCCCGGACAAGGCGGCCCAACGCCCCUUCCUGGGCGGGAACGGACCGAGGCGCUCUUAGGAGGGCGGCGGCGGCCGGGGCGCAGCGCCAUGAACCGGCUGGGGCUUUUGGGACUGCUCUGCGCGGCGCUGCUGGGCUGCUGGGAGCCUGGUGAUGCCUUGACGUGCUUUGAUAAGCAGUAUAUAUACAAGGGCAGAUGCUGCAACCGGUGUCGGCCAGGGGAAAAACUGAUCUCUGAGUGCAGUGAAACAGAAGAUUCUGUCUGUGCCCCCUGUGAGAGCGGGCACUAUCAGCCAAGCUGGACCAAGGAGAAGCAGUGUCCUCCUCAUGAAAUCUGUGAAGGCAAUGCCGGCCUCAUUGAGAAGGUGAAAGGAAAUGCAACACACAACACGGUGUGCCAGUGUCGGGCUGGCACACACUGCUCUGACAUCAGCUGCCAGACCUGCAUGGAGAACCAGCCUUGCCAGCUUGGCUCUGGCUUUGUGGCAGCAAAGGCCAUGGACCGGAUGUCAUCCCCCUGUGAACCCUGUGCAGAAGGCACCUUCUCCAAUGUCUCUUCUAAAACUGAGCCGUGCCACCCCUGGACCAGUUGUGAGGAAAAGGGGCUGGUGGUGAAGGUGAAAGGGACGAACUCCUCGGAUGUGAUCUGUGAGUCGACCAGGCGCUCCUCACUGUCAGUGCUGAUCCCCAUCACAGCUGCAGUUGUCACGUGCCUCGUGGGUGUCUGCAUCUACUGCCUGGUGCACACAGAUUCCAGGCGACGAGUGCCAAAGGAGAUAGAGGCUGGGGAGCCCGGAGAGAACCCAGAUACCCAGCAGCCCAUGGAGCAGGAUGAGAAUGUCUUGCCUGUGCAGGAGACCCUACUCAGAGGCCAGCCUGUGGCCCAGGAGGAUGGCAAGGAGAGCCGCAUCUCGGAGCAGGAGAUGCUGUGAAGGCGCAGGGGACUGGCCCCGACAGGAGCACAGACUGGACAGCACCAUCUCCUCUGUCCCCUCUCCAGCUGGGGAGGAAAUCUGGCAUCUGGCCUGGCUGCAAAUGAUGGGAUGCUGCAAUGGACCAUGGCACGACCACCCCACGGGAAUACCACUACAACUCCUGGUCUGGUCACCUGCACAGGGCUGCCCUGGUGGAGCAAGGCUUGGCUGCCCCCAUAGGGACAUGGAACAGAGCCCCAUCCUGCUUCCUGCCCAGGUGACCUGGGUGGCUGCUCACCUGCUGAGCCCUUGCAGAGCCCAGUGCAGCCCCUGGCCACAGCGGAGUGACCAUACUGACAGGAAGACCCCAGCACAGAGCCCCGUUUCCCUGAGUGCUGGAGAAGCCAGGGCUGGGAAAGGGGGCUGUGAGAUCACCACGGCAGAGCUCAGUCCUCUGUCUGGGGUGCUGUGGAAGCGCUGCCCAUGCUGGAGCAGAGCCCGCUGCCAUCCGGACAGGGCACCCGGCCCUUGCGUGCCGCCCGGCGCUGCCGGGCUCCGUGGGACCAAGAAAGGCAGGACCGGCGAGCCCUGGGCCGGGGAUGGCGGCGGCGGGGCCGGAGCGCAGACACCGACGUGCGGCGGCCGGGAGAUGGUGCUGCGGGACCGGCACGGGCUGCGCGGGGCGGCACCGGCACCGCCCGACCCCGCCCCGUCCCGCGUACGCCCCGGGUGGCCUCGGGGGGCUCUGGCCUCGGGGUUGCCCAGCGCGGAGCCCCUCCCGCGACUCCCCCGCGCACCCGCCCGUCUGUGCGGGAGCGGUCGCGCUCCGUCACUUCCACCCACUGCUGGCGAAAGCGUGUGAUUAAAGGUGAUUAUCUGCCCCUGUGCCUGA